GCGACAUCCACGACGACGCGCACCGGCAUUCUUAUCUUCCACACUGCCGGACCUCCCACAACGUCGUACUAGCAGGCCACCAACGCUCAGCUCGCCUUCUUGCCAGCGAAUUCUACGUCUCGUGUAUGCUUUUCUCCGGGCGUUGCUGACGUCAAAGAGCUAACCAUCUGGCUGAGCGCUACUCAUCGCGAUGGAGCCCACUCUAGACUCGGCUUUGCAGAUUGAUUCCUCUUUGCAUAAUGCCGCCUUCGAAACGCCCGAAGCACCUGAGGCACAUCCGCCACCAGCCCCCGUCGAGCAGGUGAUUCCGCCUGUUACCCCCGAGCACCCAUCCCGAUCCAAGAAGACUGCCGACCCAGUGCGACGCGAGGCAAACCGACGAGCGGCGGAACGUUCGCGCGGCCGCCAACAGGAGAAGAUUGUGGCCCUGGAGAUGGCUGUCCAGACUCUCAGCGACGAGAACCUACGUCUCAAGGACGAGAUCGCGCGAAUCGAAGGGAGAGACGCCGCGCCGGAGGUACUGGCUAGUAUUGAGCAGCAAGCAAACGCUGUACCGGCCGAGUCCAGUCAGUCUCUGGACGCCGCAGCGGCAGCAGCCGUCGCGUCGCAAGUUCAGAACCAGCGCUUUCUGGAGCUGCUCGCGCAGGGAGGCGACAUUCCGUGGGCCCAGCUGCUCAGUGAUUCAGAGGCCGAGGUUGACGGGCGCUUAGGCCAGCUUGCGGCCGUCGCGUCUAACCAGGCCGGAGACGAGCAGCCGCAACACACCCCGGCUCCUAGCACAGGCCCCCUCCCCUCUGCAAAGGUUAGACCUGGGCCCCUCUUGUCGGCUGCACUCACGGCUGAGCUCGAGAAGUCGCUUCAGGAGGAGAUUUCAAGCGUCAAGAGCGCUAUCGCACGUGCUGACCGCGAACUCGCGCGUCGGCAAGGGCAGCCGGUCCUCGGCGACAUCCAUGAGGACGCGUAUCAUCCUACAUUCACCGACCUGUACGAAGCCGACGAGGUCGCGCUCGCCGAAUACAGCGCGAAGGCCGAAGUUGAAACAGCGGAGCUUGAGACCCAGGCUAGAGUGCUGCGCGAGGUGACCACACGAAUGCGGGCGGCGAUGGAAGAGGAAGAAUCCAAGCUGCUUCCGCUCGAGGAGGAGCUGCGAGCUCUCAACGUCGAUGGACAACGGGACCGCGAAGGAGUCACCGCAGUGCUCCGAGCUCUCAGGGGCCACAUCACGUCUUUGAUGAGCGCACCAGGGGGUCUGAUGCCAGGUAACCUGCUUGUAACUCCCUUCUCAUCUCCCGCGACUGCGCGCCGCCGACGUGGUCGGCCUCCAAAGCAUACCUCCACCGCCAGCUCGUCCAAGUAUUCAUUCUCGUAUCAACACUCGCCCACGUCGUCAGACUCGGGCACGGAGCUCCCGGACACACCCGGUACACGGCCAGCACGUGCCGCGGCGCCUCGCAGGAGCCGUCUUGCCCAGGAAUUACGCUUUGAGCCCGAGCAGCAUCAGUCGCAGCCGCAUAGCGCUGAGGCAGGCCCAAGUCAAGCGUUGCCGGGAAGUGUGGAAGCAAAUGUGGUUGCCGAGACUUCGCAGGCCACGCAGGACUACCUCCUGUCGCACUUUGCAGCAGGCGACGUCUCGCGUGACACACCAAUCCCGCUUGACAGCUCGUCCUUUGCAGCACUUCUGCCGCAGUCACCAUCCACUCAUGCGCACCACGCAACGCUCGAGUCGUCGCUAAGCGCGCCUACGUCGCACAUGCCGAACGAGACGAGCAACGGUCAUCCAGAGACGCCGAAUGUCAUGUCGAGAUUCAAGCGCGGACCGCCAGGUAGCUGCGACAUAUGCUCGCGCACGCAGACGAGCGUGUGGCGCAAGCUGACGUACGACGGUGAGGAGCUCAGGGUGUGCAAUGCAUGUGGACUGUAUCACUCCAAGUUCCAUAUCCCUCGCCCGCCUGAGCUGUGGGGCGACGGACGGACCAUCAAGAAGCGCAAGGCCGGGCCCCGGAACUGGGAGGGCGUCAAGCGGCGUAGAGAGCAGCAGCGCAAGACGCAGUACGAUGAAGUUGGGGCUGACAUCGGAAUGGAUGUCGACCAUCGCGUGCUCGAGGAUUCUACCGCUGUCCAUGCUGUUGGGGUCGCUGGGUCCGCGACCCCAGAUCCAGCAUUGCAGCAAGGUCUGACCACAUUGCAAGAGGUUGGCCAAGCAGUGGAGAACAUGUACGCGGUCCAGCAACAGGAGGCGGCGGAGCAGCAGCAGCAACAGGAGUCUCACCAGCAAGAACCCCUCCAGCACCAAUUGGAAGCAUAAUGGAGUCUGUUCCGAAUCUGUAUGUAUGAGUAAUGAUCCCAUAUGUUGCAGUUA